AUUCGGGGAACAAUUUUCAGGAAACCAAAAUAUAAACAGCCAUUGUCGUGAGAGAGAGAGAGAGGGAGAGAGAGAGAGAGAGAAGAUGGUGGAGGAAAUAGAGAGUUCGGCGAGCGCCGACGAUCAGAGCAGCAUCAAGGUUCAUGCGAGCGAAGAGGAGGAGGUUGAGGAGGGAGAGAUCGUCGGCGAGGAGGACACGUCGUCCGCGAAGCCGUCAAGUGACUUAGCCAAUCAGACUCACCCGCUGGAACACUCGUGGACCUUCUGGUUCGACAAUCCCUCCGGCAAGGCCAAGCAGGUCUCUUGGGGCAGUUCCAUUCGCCCCGUCUACACCUUCUCCACCGUAGAGCAGUUCUGGAGCCUUUACAAUAAUAUACAUCGACCCAGCAAGUUGGCUGUGGGGGCGGACUUCUACUGUUUCAAGCAUAAAAUUGAGCCUAAAUGGGAAGACCCUGUGUGUGCAAAAGGAGGGAAGUGGACUGUAAGCUCAUCUAGAGGGAAAUCUGAUACCUUUUGGCUCUAUACGUUGCUGGCAAUGAUUGGAGAACAGUUUGAUCAUGGAGAUGAGAUCUGUGGAGCAGUUGUCAAUGUCAGAAUGAAGCAGGAAAAAAUAGCCUUAUGGACCAAAAAUGCUGCAAAUGAAAGUGCUCAGAUGAGCAUUGGAAAACAGUGGAAGGAGUUUCUUGAUUGCAAGGACAGCAUAGGAUUCAUCUUUCAUGAGGAUGCCAUAAAGCUUGACAGAGGCGCCAAGAAUCGCUACACGACAUGAACUUAAUUGAGCUGAAGGGUGUUGUACUUUUAGAAUAUCUAGAACAAUGAAUGGCUGCUUUCUUUUGUCAUUCUGUUGAACACUAGUAGGCAUGAACAUUGCCAAUGCCCUGGUCUUGAAAUUUUCUUGUCAUGCUUUUUGUUGAUAUAAAAUGUGGUGGGAAUCUUUGGAUUUACAAACGAA